AUGGACUUUUUGUUUCUAUGCAAUUUAUUAGAAAGUAAGAAGUCAAGUCGACGUCGCAUAAGAAAAGUUAGUGUUAAUUAUUUGAUCUUAGAUUUCCUGAAAGAUAAAUCAUUUUGUUUGGGUUCACAUCUAACAAUGGUUGAUUUACGACUAGCGCUAAAAUUACUAACACUUUCCAUUGUGUUGCUUCAUGCGAUUACUGACAGUGACGGUGCACAUCACAAAAAAUAUCAAUUUCGUUUUGAUAAACAUCGUUACCACUCUCAUAAGCCGUCGUAUAAGCCAUAUAGACCAUACAAGCCAUAUAGACCAUAUAAGCCAUACAAGCCGUACUGUGAUUUAAAAUGUCAACAAGCAAAAGAUGCAAAGGCUAUUCGAGAUAUGUACAAAAUGGCAGCAAAACUCAGUGGUGGUUUGUUUGCUGUCUCAAAAAAAGACGCAAUGAAUUUGACAAAUUUAGCUAAUCAAGAAAUACGUCAACCAUCAAGUCAAUGUGAGCGCAAGCUACCGAAAUUCACUUCAUGCAAAAUUGAAGAAUUGCAGCAUAUAUACAGCACAUCACCAUGCAAAACAACUAACGUAACAAAAAACGAUGAGAUUGACGAAAUGCAGAAUGAAGUUGAUCAUGAUGAUGAUGACAUUAUGAGAGACGAUGAUGAUGGAUCAGUAACAACAAUCAGAAGACCAUGUUUAGCACGUGGCAGCACAAGUUUGAACAAUAACUUACGCUUGUGUGAGAAAUGUGCUGCUACAACUGUGUUGGCACAAAACAUAUUUCCGCGAUAUCUUAACGAAGUUAUUUGCGACCCCCGGAAAUCAAGAUGUCUACGAGGCGAAGGGCGAUGUUUGCAAAAUUAUAUUUUUGUGGAGUUUCGAAAAGAUACAAAAGAAGUUGGCUUUGCAAGAUUGGGCGAAUGGAUCAAAAUUCAACAAAGAGUUCGUACAUCCUGUUCAUGUCAAGUCCUUCCAAACUCACAUUUAUUUAGACGCUGGGUGAACUAAACAAUUGUGGAUUUUUUUAUUUUUUUUAAGCAAAUGGUAUGCACAAGAAAAGCAGACAUGUAAAAGAAUUAACACUAUCUAUUAUAAAUGUGCUUGUUUGAAUUGAUAUUCUUUUUUAAAUACAACAAAAAGUUAAGAUUUUUUGGAGUAGAUUUAUUCGUUACCUUAGGUACCUAAAUUAAAUUUUAUAUCGUAUCGAGUAUCGUAGUUUAAUACUCAACCUUAAUCUCGGGAUCUUCUACAACUUUAAAAUAGAAAAGAGUUUUCGCAGGCUAAAAAUAUUUUUGCGCGUACGCAAUAAUAAUCUGCUCAGCGUGUAAUCCUGCUUUAACUACUUAGAGACUUAAACCAAAACCAAUAAUACUGUAUGUAGUGUCUUUACCUUCUUUUUCCAUUAUUACUAAUGCUCGUUGCUCGUCCAUAUAUAAUCGUCUUCUUCAAAGAUCUAAAAAGAAGUUGUUACGUA